AUGGAAGGCAGAGCCAAGACAGUGCAGACCAAUUCCCAGGCUCUGGCCUCUGGAAACCCUGAGAGGAAAGGAAGCAGGGGUUGCGGAGCAUCGUGUGGAAAAUGUGACUGCAGUGGUGUGAAAGGAGCAAAGGGGGAGCGAGGACUUCCUGGUCUUCAAGGCUAUGUUGGGUUCCCAGGGAUGCAGGGACCAGAGGGGCCUCAGGGACCAAUGGGCCCCAAGGGAGACUCGGGGGAGUCUGGAGCUCCGGGACUGAAAGGAGUGAGGGGUCCCCCUGGCAUCCCAGGUUUCCCAGGAAACCCAGGACUGCCGGGUAUCAAUGGAAUCGAUGGCCCAUUGGGCCCGCCUGGUAUUCCGGGCUGCAAUGGGACUAAAGGUUUCCCAGGAACUCCUGGAAUGAAGGGAGACCCUGGCGGUGUAGUUGGAGUUAUUCCCUUUAAAGGAGAGAAAGGUUACACUGGCGUGACUGGACUACCUGGUUCCCCCGGUUUUCGUGGCCCUUCUGGGCCUCCAGGCCCCCGAGGAUAUCAAGGGCCCAAAGUAAGUUACUCCCUCGAUGAUGAGCUGCCCUUCAUCUGA